AUGUUAGCUGCUGCACGCUUGUCUGCUGUUCAACCCUCCACUGCCCAACGUCGUCUAGCAACCUUCGUUCGCCAAAUGUCGUCUCAUGAAGUUGUCAUCGUCGCGGCCUCGCGAACCCCUGUUGGCUCCCUCAAUGGUGCUCUUAAGUCCUUGACCGCGCCCCAAUUAGGUGUCGUUGCCCUGAAGCAUGCAUUCGAGCAAUCGAAGGUCGAUCCUGCAGUCGUUGAAGAGAUCUACUUCGGAAAUGUCGUCCAGGCUGGUGUUGGCCAGUCGCCAGCGAGGCAAGUCGCCCUUGGUGCAGGCAUGAAGACGAGCUCGGAUGCGACAACGGUGAACAAGGUGUGCGCCAGUGGUAUGAAAGCGAUCAUGAUCGCUGCACAGAGUGUCUCGAGCGGGUAUAAGAGUGUUGUUGCUGCAGGUGGAAUGGAGAGCAUGAGUAACGCUCCUUUCCUCCUACCUCGGCAACUUCCUGCAUUUGGUCCUUUCGAGUCGAAAGAUUCCGUCCAGCACGAUGGCCUGUGGGAUCCGUACAACAACUUUGCUAUGGGCAACUGUGGCGAGGUCGCGGCUGAGAAGCAUCAGAUCUCGCGGGAGGCCCAGGAUGCGCACGCAGUCGAGUCGUUCAAGCGCGCAGAGCGAGCAUGGGCGUCAGGCGCGUUCAAUGCUGAGGUCGCUCCCGUCACGAUCAAGGGAAAGAAGGGUGACACGGUCGUGAAGGAGGACGAGCAAUACAAGCGGGUUGUUUACGAGAAAAUCCCGACGCUCAACCCAGCUUUCAAGAAGGGCGGAACAAUCACACCUGCGAACUCGUCGCCCCUUAACGAUGGUGCCUCAGCGUUGAUCUUAAUGUCUGCUGCCAAAGCUCAGGAGCUCGGUGUCAAGCCUCUCGCGAAGAUUAUCUCUUAUGCUGACGCCGGUGUUGAGCCCAUCGAUUUCCCUAUUGCGCCGACUGUGGCACUUCCUCUUGCACUCGAGAAGGCUAACCUGAAGGUUGAGGAUAUCUCUCUCUUCGAGAUUAAUGAAGCGUUCUCCGUCGUGGUCCGCAUUGCCGAGAAAGUGUUGGGUGUUGACCCUGCAAAGAUUAAUGUGAACGGCGGUGCCGUUGCACUUGGCCAUGCUAUCGGUAACUCGGGCGCGCGUAUUAUCGUCACACUAGUACAUGCUUUGAAGUCAGGCCAAUACGGCGCCGCAGGUGUAUGCAAUGGAGGUGGUGCCGCGUCUGCGAUUGUGAUUCAAAAGUUGUAA